AUUUGCUAACAGUCGUGGCCGCUCGUAAGUCCCAACAUAGACACUCCUCUUCUCCCUCAGAAACCCCUUUUCCUUUCGGCUAAACAAAUAUCUUCUUGUUCCAAUCGCCCUGAUAUUUAUAUUUAAACCACGCGCUCACUCUUUUUUCAGUCUCUACUUCUCGCGAUAUUUUUCGCCGUCGGCAAGAGAUUAUUGUAGCGUAAAGACAAAGCAAUGGCGCCGCCGGUUAUUGAAGGUGGCGGAGGAGAACAGCCGGCCCCUGCGCAGCAGCAGCGGCAGCAGGGAGGAGUUGGACAGAUGCUGACGGGGAUAAUAAGAGUAGCGGUUUUCUGGUACUUCGCUUCCAAGUUUUUCUCGCCGAAAAAGCCAAUCUCCUCCGAUCCGUCUGUUCCUAAUUUCCAGAUCUCCAAUCUCUUCCACAAAGGCGAACCUUUGGACAUGUGGUUCUAUCUUUCCGAACAAGAAAAAUUCAGUGACUUUGGCAGUGAAAGUGCACUUAUUUGGCAUGAGACAAAUAUACCAUAUGCAGUUUGGGGACCAGAAAGUACCAGGUCUAUUUCUUUGAAGUAUAAUCCAUCAGAGGCAGUGAAGCAUAAUGGGAGUCUAUAUGCUCAUGUUUUCUUUGCACGUUCUGGGUAUUCACCCGAUCCAAAUGAUCCCGAGUAUCAGCCAUUGGCUGCUUUUGGACAGACAUAUUCUGUUGUGAAAUAUUUACCCAAAUCUAAAGCAGACAAGAAGAAGAGCCUUUUAAAAAAUUCUGAGGACUCAAAUGAGGGUCUUACCAUUCCUGAGGCAGUUCAAGAAGCACAGGAUGAUCUUAAGGAGGAUGCUCCUGUUGAGUGGAUUUCAUAUUGGAAACCUAAUGUUACAAUCAACUUGGUUGAUGAUUUUACUAGAUACACUGGAAAUGCGAUUCCACCUAUUGUUGCUCCUUAUAUGAAUAUCGAACCCACAACAGGAAACUACUAUCCGACCGUUUUCUUCAACGAGUUUUGGUUACUUAGGGAUAAAUUAAUAGCUCUCAAUGAAUCAGUAACUGAGGUGCCUCUGCAUUUAGAGGUGAGCCCCAUGAGCAUGACGAAAUGGCAGCUAUUCCUGCAGAUUGACCAAUCCUUCCAGGUUCAUCGUAGUUAUGGUAGCAUGCUCGAGGGGGAGUCUGAUGAACUAAAGAGAGUUUUUUUGGAAGGAAAUCCAUACCUUUUGGGAGUGACCAUGAUGGUCUCACUACUGCAUUCAGUAUUUGACUUCUUGGCGUUCAAGAAUGAUAUUCAAUUUUGGAAUAAAAACAAAUCCAUGGAAGGGUUGUCUGCAAAAUCAGUCAUCGUGAACUUUAUUUGCCAGCUCAUUGUCUUCCUGUACUUGCUUGAUAAUGAUACUUCAUGGAUGAUACUUGCAAGUUCUGGUAUUGGUUGUUGUAUAGAGUUCUGGAAAAUAGGGAAGGCGAUGCACAUUGAGAUUGACAGAUCUGGUAGAAUACCUAUGUUGAGGUUCCGAGAUCGGGAAUCGUAUGCUGGAAAUAAGACGAAAGAAUAUGAUGAUCUUGCCAUGAAGUAUUUGUCCUAUGUGUUGUUCUUCCUUGUCGUGUGCUUUUCCAUAUACUCUCUAAUGUAUGAACGUCACAAGAGUUGGUACUCGUGGAUCCUCUCAUCCAUGACAAGCUGCGUCUAUAUGUUCGGUUUUGUUAUGAUGUGUCCCCAGUUGUUCAUCAAUUAUAAGCUGAAGUCUGUUGCUCAUUUACCUUGGAGGCAGAUGACUUACAAAUUUCUCAAUACCAUUAUUGAUGAUUUGUUUGCAUUUGUAAUAAAAAUGCCAUUGCUACAUCGCCUGUCUGUGUUCCGUGAUGAUCUUAUAUUUUUAAUAUACCUAUAUCAGAGAUGGGUCUAUCCAGUGGAUAAGAAACGAGUGAAUGAGUUUGGUUUCGCUGGGGAGGAUACGGAUCAAGCUUCUAGUAGUUCAGAAACUUUAGCACUGAAAGAAGACGAAAAGAAAACUAACUAAGCUGAAUUUCGCUUACGUUUUACUACAGCAUCAAGGAACUAUGGAGUUUGAUUUUAGAAUGUUCUCAGAAAUGAGUAGCUUCAUCGAGAAUCUGAAAUGACAGACAGCGGCUUGAGAGGUAUUUCUGGCACUUCCAGGACAUUAAGCUUCCCCCGACUUUCCUUAAGAUCCUAUUCUUAAUUUUUUUUGAAGUCAUAGUACCAGAAUCUAUUGUCAUAGGUUUUUUGAGUUUGUUUUUCUUUUAUUGCUGUUGGAAUCAUAUGUUUCGGGUGUAACUAAGAUAACUGCUUAGUGACUUUAAUUUACUUGAUAUUUUUGACAAUCUUCAUUCAGAAAAUUUUCAAAUAGCAGUCUUGGAAAAGCUUGCAUA